GGAUCUGGAAACAUAACCUGUGCUUAUAUUUUUAGCCGAAUAGUUUUAUGAGAUUGUGCAUAGGUCUGAUUUAAAUAUGCAUCCUGCAAACUUACUAAUACGGAACGGUGUUUUCUUAAAUCCAAAACUUAAGUCUAGUACAACUCGAAUUGUUCGUAACUUAUCUAGAGUUGCAUCAUUUAAUUCUAAGUUGCCAAUAUCUCAAAGUUACAGUGGUUUAAGCUUCGACAGUCGAAUUAGUGGUUCUAGUGCUAGUUUCCAGUUAUCACAACGACAGGUUUAUGGUAAAAGGUUUUAUUCCACUGAAAAUAAGAAUGAUCCUCCUGAAGAGGAUCCUGCUAUUAAAGAUGAGACGCCAUUGUUUUCAAGUCAGUUGCCGGCAACGGUUGCUGUUCCCGAAGUUUGGCCACAAGUACCGGUUAUCGCUAUAAACAGAAAUCCAGUAUUUCCCAGAUUUAUUAAACUUAUUGAGAUAUCGAACCCUGCACUAAUUGAUUUGAUUAGACGCAAGGUAAAACUCAAUCAACCAUACGUUGGUAUAUUUCUAAGAAAGAAGGAGGAUGAGAAAUCAGAUGUUGUGUCGAAUCUUGAUGAUGUCCAUCAAGUGGGAGUGUUUGCACAGAUACACGAAAUGCAAGACAUGGAUUAUAAGUUGAGAUUAGUUGUGAUGGCUCACAGGAGGAUACGGAUUACGGGACAAUUUAUUGAAGAAGAAAUAGAGACGGGACCUGCUGAAAUGAAGCUCAAGUUUCCUAUAUUUGAUGCGGAAAUUAAUGUUACCCGCGAAGAGACAGAUGCUGAACGCAGGCGGAGGAAGCACCGGAAUAAUAGACGGAAGAGUAACGACGUGGAAGGGGAGGAGAAAGUGGAGAAGAAGAAACCGAUCACCGAUCAAGUUCUGAUGGUGAAGGUGGAAAAUGUGGUCCACGAAAAGUUCCAGCAGAAUGAAGAAGUGAAAGCUUUGACGCAAGAAGUUAUCAAGACUAUACGAGAUAUUAUCAAUUUAAAUCCAUUAUAUCGGGAGUCGCUGCACCACAUGUUGGCGCAAGGUCAGCGUGUGGUCGAUAACCCAGUGUACCUGAGCGACCUGGGCGCAGCGCUGACUGGGGCCGAGCCUGCUGAGCUGCAAGCCGUGCUGGACGAGACUGAUAUUCCCAAACGACUGAUGAUGUCCCUGUCACUCCUAAAGAAGGAAUACGAGCUGUCAAAGUUACAGCAGAAGAUCGGCAAAGAAGUAGAAGAGAAGGUGAAACAGCAGCACAGGAAAUACAUCCUGCACGAGCAGCUUAAGGUGAUAAAGAAGGAAUUAGGUCUUGAGAAAGAUGACAAGGAUGCGAUAGGUGACAAGUUCCGGGAACGUCUGGCUGACAAGACAGUGCCGGCUGCUGUACAGACUGUUAUUGAUGAAGAACUUAACAAGCUUAACUUCCUCGAGAGUCACAGUUCUGAGUUCAACGUAACACGUUGCUACCUCGACUGGCUGACGUCACUACCUUGGGGUGUGACGUCAGAGGAGAAUCUCAAACUGGCGGACGCUCAGGUCAUCCUGGACGAGGAUCACUACGGCAUGGAGGAUAUCAAGAAGAGAAUCUUAGAGUUCAUAGCUGUCUCUCAAUUGAAAGGGACCACUCAGGGCAAGAUAUUAUGCUUCCAUGGACCUCCCGGUGUUGGAAAAACUAGUAUAGCUCGAUCGAUCGCUCGUGCGUUAAACCGUCAGUACUUCAGGUUCUCUGUAGGAGGUAUGACGGAUGUGGCCGAGAUCAAGGGUCACCGGCGCACCUACGUGGGCGCGAUGCCGGGCAAGCUGGUGCAGUGCCUUAAAAAGACCGGCACUGAGAACCCUCUGGUACUCAUCGAUGAGGUCGACAAGAUUGGCAAAGGUGUACACGGCGACCCCUCGUCUGCGCUGCUGGAGCUGCUGGACCCGGAGCAGAACGCCAACUUCCUGGACCACUACCUGGACGUGCCGGUGGACCUCUCGCGUGUGCUCUUCAUCUGCACCGCCAAUGUUGUCGAGCACAUACCGGAGCCUCUCAGAGACCGCAUGGAGCUCAUCGACAUGUCCGGUUACGUAGCGGAAGAGAAGAUGGCGAUAGCGCAGCAGUACUUGGUGCCGACGGCGCGCAAGAACUGCGGCCUCAGCGAGCAGCAGCUGGACCUGCAGCCGGAGGCUCUCGCUCUCCUCAUCAAGUCCUACUGCCGGGAGAGUGGCGUCAGGAAUCUGCAGAAGCAUAUUGAGAAGAUCUGCCGCAAGGUGGCGUACAAGCUGGUGCAGGGCGAGGUGGAACACGUGGUGGUGGACGAGGCGGCGCUACCGGCGCUGGUUGGCAAACCUACCUUCAAACAUGACCGCAUGUAUGACCUCACACCGCCCGGUGUCAUCAUGGGACUCGCCUGGACAGCCAUGGGUGGCAGCACUUUGUACAUAGAGACGGCACUCCGCAGCACACAUCAGGAGGAGAAGCCAUUGGGCUCGUUGGAGCUGACGGGCCACCUCGGUGACGUGAUGAAGGAGUCUGCCCGCAUCGCGCUCACUGUCGCACGCAACUUCCUCGCACAGAGACACCCUGACAACAACUUCCUCAACACCAGUCACCUACACUUGCACGUGCCGGAAGGCGCGACGCCUAAAGACGGUCCUUCAGCAGGCUGUACUAUAACAACAGCUCUAUUGUCUCUGGCACUGGGCCGGCCUGCGCGCCCACAGCUCGCCAUGACUGGAGAGAUAUCACUCACCGGCCGCAUCCUACCUGUAGGCGGCAUCAAGGAGAAGAUCAUUGCGGCGAAGCGUGUUGGAGUUACUUGUGUUAUUUUACCGGAAGAGAAUCGCCGGGACUUUGACGACUUGCCUUCAUUUAUCAGAGACAAUAUAGAAGUACAUUUCGUAUCUCAAUACGAGGACGUCUACAACAUCGCAUUCGAACAGGUCUAGACUGGUUGUUAUUGGUUAAAACCGGUUGUAACCGGUUUGUAGUGCAGUAGAAACCGGUUUUAUACAUUGUACCGAUCCAAAAUUAAAAAACAAAGUAUUUUAUGGU